GAAUAAGGUAUUUCUGUUGUUUAAAAAAAAAUACGUUUGCAAAACAUUUCUAAAAACUUGUUUUCGCUUUGUCAUUUAAACCAUUAUAUAAUAAGGCUGUAACGUAACAAAAUGUGUAAAAAGUCACGGGGUCUGAAUACUUUGAGAAUGCUCUGUAUAACCUCUUGUCAGUAGUCUGCUCUGGAUCUGCCCCAUGGACUGACAUCCUCUCCUGGUCACACGACCAUGGCAAUGUAAGAUUGAUACUUGUAACCACCAAUAUUAAAAUUGACCUCAUCGAUUUGUUACAAAGUAACAAAAUCAUGAGAAAACAGGUUACAUUUGUCGAGGAAAUAAGAAAAGGAGAUCGCCUGAUAAAACGCGGUGGUAGCUGCGUUUUAGCAACAAGAUCUGCGGAGUCAAAUAACAUGUACCAUCAUAGAUAUAUAGACUCUGAGCAUGUGUAUAAGGAACAAAACACCAGGUUGGAGAUGCACAGGACAGCACAUUUCAAGGUUUCUGACCACCAGCAGGUGAAAACCAUACACGUCCCCAAGUCCAUGAUGACUGCACCAUUUCUACAGCAUCCAACCCUCACAACUGGACAGAAACGAUAUCUCUACAGUAUUGCAAAUGUCUACAGCACCGAGCACAUGAGGCGGCUGAUGAAGCAACGCUAUCGCAAUGUGCUGCACCGGUGUAUUAAAUCAGGUCAUAGCUCUUUGGAUGCAACCAAACAUACUACUGGAGGUCCACUGCUUAAAGAUCGGCUCACGUUCAAGAUGGACAAUGAGAGAGAUUCUGGAUCUAGGAUCAAGCCAUAUGGACAGAGGAAGGGCACCACAGUGCACUCUAAAGUUAUCCUCCCAAAGAUUACCAACAGUCACAGUGCAGAGUGAGAAGAUUGUAUUUUAAAUAAUUAUAAUGAAGUCAGUCAUACAUUCUAUUAUUCUGACAAUGUAUUUAAGUAUAGUAUAAUUUGUAUAAUUUCAAAACACAUUCUCCUUAUUGGUAACACAUUUAUUUGAGUCUCCCGUUAAACUGUUUAUACGAGUUUUUAAAUAGUUUAUAAACCAUUAUUACACACUGUACAUUUAUUGUCUGUUGAUUGUAUGAUUACACGUAAUUUUAAUAAUACAUGGUUUAAAACUUAAAGGUAGAGUCAGCGAUAUGAAGUAGAUGCACAAAUUAAACAGCAUAGUGUGCCAAUGUCUGCAACAAGGUCGUUGAAUCGCGAGUCUAAACUUCACUGUUUUGGUCCCGUGGCUACCACCUUGUAAGAGCAUGAAGGGAACCUUUGCACAUGCGCAGAUACUGUGUGAGAGCAGUCUUUCAUCUGGCUCAUUUGCUCAUCACAAUAUCUGCAUAAGAGCUGCUCGUGCAAUGUCAUUUUGCUGACUCUACCUCUUAAUUUGCAGUUGAUAAUGUGGUGAGUAUUUGAAAAAUGUCAAAUAUAAUCCCCCCAAAAAGCAGGGGCAACACUAAUAUACAGAAACACCUGAAGAGAAAUAAAUGACAACUGGGAAGGUUUCUGUAAUAGGCUUGUGAGAUUAUUAUGUAACAAUGUGUUUGCAGUGCAUUUACUACAGUGUGACUGCUUGAUAAUAAAUUAAAUUGGUAAAAAA